AUGGGGUUUCUACGCAAGGCCUCCCUCUCCAAGCCGCAGCAUGAGGUCGGCAAGACAUGGCCGGCAAUUGCUAUGGGCUUCUUUGUCGCCUUUGGUGGUGUUCUUUUUGGCUACGAUACGGGAACCAUUAGCGGAAUUAUUGUGAUGCCAUUCUGGAAGCAACAGUUCAGCACAGGCUACACCGACUCCGACGGACCUAACAUUACUACCUCGCAGGAAUCGGCCAUUGUCUCUAUUCUUUCUGCUGGUACUUUUUUUGGUGCACUGGCCUCACCGUUCCUGGCCGAUUACUUCGGUCGGCGUCCUGGUCUCAUAAUCUCUACUUGGGUCUUUAACUUGGGUGUCAUCCUGCAGACUGCUGCCACGUCUAUUCCCUUGUUCCUCGCUGGUCGUUUCUUUGCUGGUUUUGGAGUCGGCUUGAUCUCUGCACUGAUUCCGCUGUAUCAGUCCGAGACAGCGCCCAAAUGGAUUCGUGGUGCCAUUGUCGGUGCCUACCAGCUCGCAAUCACGAUUGGUCUAUUGCUCGCCGCCGUUGUCGACAAUGCGACGGCCCAACGCAAUGAUAGUGGAAGCUACCGAAUCCCGAUUGCCGUCCAAUUCGCGUGGUCCCUGAUCUUACUCGUCGGAAUGAUCCUUCUCCCCGAGACCCCCCGUUAUCUGAUCCGCGCCAACAAGAUGGACAAGGCCGCCAAGGCUCUAGGUCGAAUCCGCCGCCUUCCGGCCGACCACCCCGCUGUCGCCGAGGAGCUGCAUGAGAUCAAGGCCAGCCACGACCACGAAAUGAGUCUUGGAGCUGGGACUUCGUACCUCGACUGUUUCCGCCAUCCAGUGCUCAAGCGCCAGCUCACCGGCUCUGCUCUGCAGGGCCUGCAGCAGCUCACCGGCAUCAAUUUCAUAUUUUACUACGGCACAAAAUACUUUCAAAACUCUGGAAUCCACAACCCAUUCAUUAUUCAGAUGAUCACGUCUGCCAUCAACGUUGUUUCGACGAUUCCAGGCCUCUACGCGACGGAUAAAUGGGGUCGUCGUCCUCUGUUGCUCUUUGGCGCGAUUGGCAUGUGCAUUUCGCAAUUUAUUGUUGGCAUGUGCGGCACAUUUUCGACGGGCCAGAACCCUGAAAACGGGGAUAUCUAUUCGACGAAUGAUGCAGGCCAAAAGACGGCUGUAGCGUUUGUGUGCAUCUACAUUUUCUUCUUUGCGUCGACGUGGGGUCCGUUGGCAUGGGUGGUGACUGGCGAAAUCUUCCCUCUGAAGACGCGUGCCAAGUCUAUCAGCAUCACGACGGCGAGCAACUGGCUGCUCAACUGGGCUAUUGCUUACUCCACGCCGUACCUUGUCAACUGGGGCAAGGGAUCUGCAAACUUGCAGUCGAAAAUCUUUUUCGUUUGGUUUGGUGCCUGCUUCAUCUGCAUUGCCUUUGUCUACCUAUUCAUUUACGAGACAAAGAAUUUGACGCUGGAGGAGGUUGACCUGCUUUACGAAGAUGUCAAGUUUGCACCCAAGUCGACAUCGUGGACCCCACCGACAGAGAGCUGGCAACAGCGGGCUAGUAUUGCCGCUCAAGGGGCGGAGAAGGCCAAGGGCGAGAAUGUCGAGAACAUUGAGAAGCCGACUGAGAUUGCUUGA